AUGACUUUUGUCACUAAAGAUGGCGUGCAUCAUUUCGUGGCUUGGUACCUGUUAGCUUGGAGCGCGAUAUCUUCGACAGUGCUAGCUUUAGAGUAUCCCAAAAUUACGGAGCACCCUCUAGACGUCAUUGUACCUCGGCACGAGCCAGCAACACUCAACUGUAAGGCGGAAGGGAUUCCGACACCAACAAUCACAUGGUUUAAGGAUGGUGAACCGAUUAAAGCCGAACCAGGAUCACAUAAAAUUCUGCUACCCGCAGGAGGUUUAUUUUUUCUGAAGGUUGUGCACUCACGUCGUGAGACCGAUGCGGGUGUUUACUGGUGCGAAGCAAUGAACGAGCUUGGCGUUGCCAGAAGUCACAAUGCGACGCUUCAAGUAUCAGUACUACGAGAAGAGUUUCGCCUGGAACCACAAAAUACUCGGGUGGCACAGGGUGAAACGGUACUGCUAGAAUGCGGACCACCGAGGGGCUCACCGGAACCAACCGUUUUCUGGCGCAAAAAUGGACAAACUUUAGAUCUCACCAACUCGAAACGUAUCCGGAUCGUGGACGGUGGCAAUCUGGCCAUACAAGAUGCUCGCCAAUCAGACGACGGUCGUUAUCAGUGUGUGGCAAAGAAUAUAGUAGGUGUGCGCGAAUCCACUGUUGCCUUUCUGCGAGUUCACGUGAAACCGUUUCUAAUACGUGGACCACAGGACCAGACGGUCAUUGCCGGUAGCUCUGUUGUGUUUCAAUGUCGAGUCGGAGGAGAACCGUUGCCAGAUGUUCUGUGGCGGAGGUCAGCUUCCGGAGGCAACAUGCCACUCGAGCGAGUACGAGUGCUUGAAGACAGAAGUUUACGAAUAGAUGACAUCGCAAUCGAAGAUAUGGGCGAAUACAGCUGCGAGGCGGACAAUGCUGUCGGAUCCAUCACCGCAUCCGGUACAUUGGUGGUGCAUUCACCUCCGAGUUUCCUGGUGCGCCCGAAAAAUGUACUCAUCGAACCGACUUCGGAAGCAUUGUUCGAAUGUCAGGCUACUGGACACCCACACCCGACGCUAUUCUGGUCGGUGGAAGGCAACCGCACACUCCUGUUACCGGGUAGCCGGAUGGACAACCUAGAGGUAACGCAAAACGCGGACGGUACCAGUGUGCUUUCCAUAGCACAAGUUGGCCGCAUGGACAACGGGAAAGUGAUCGUGUGCAGUGCCGUAAAUAGUGUCGGCAGUGUAAGCACGCGUGUUGUGUUGAGUGUAAAUCUUCAAGAUGAUCGACCACCACCAUUAAUUCUGCAAGGCCCCUGCAAUCAAACGUUGCCUAUUAAGUCGGUUGCCAUCCUGCCAUGUAAAGCUAGCGGAAUUCCGCCACCAGUGAUCUCGUGGUACAAAGAUGGAAUACCGGUGCUAGCCUCGGAAAAGAUAAAUAUCACUGAAUCGGGCACGCUGACUAUAGCAGAUUUGAGCAAAAUUGAUGACAGCGGGUUGUAUACGUGUGUCGCUAGCAGUAAGUCGGGCAAAACUACAUGGAGCGCACUGCUGCGAAUCGAUGUGCCAACCAAUCCGAAUAUAAAAUUCUACCGUGCACCAGAAAUAUCUACGUACCCCGGUCCACCUGGCAAAGCGCAGGUAACGGAUAUUACCGAAAGUUCCGUCACUGUCGCAUGGGUAAGAAGCAGCCAAAUUGGAGCGUCAAGUUUGAUCGGCUAUACCGUGGAGCUGUUUGGCCGUAACCAAACGGAAGGGUGGCUUCAGGUUGCAAAUCGUAUCCAAGACAAUACCUACACACAAACUGGACUAAGUGCAGGAGUAACGUAUUACUUCGUAGUUCGUGCUGAAAAUUCACACGGCCUUUCAUUGCCAAGUCCUCUAUCGGAACCUAUUCUGCUUGGAUCGAGCGAUAACUUUGGCAUGGGAAUUGAUAUGAGUGAGGCAAGAGCUAGUUUACUCUCAGGAGACGUUGUGGAGCUCGUUAAUGCGACUGCUAUCGAUUCCACUUCAAUGAAGCUGGUUUGGGAGAUUAUCAAUGGAAAGUAUGUGGAAGGUUUUUAUAUAUACUCGCGAAACCUUAACACAAAUCGUUCGGUUAGUAUACAGUCAUACAAAAUGAUGACUGUCUUGAAUGCCGGUGCCUCGUCAUGUUCCGUUUCUGGACUUGAGCAAUAUACAGAGUACGAGUUUUUUAUAGUGCCAUUUUACAAAUCAGUUGAAGGCAAACCAUCAAACUAUCAGAUAGCAAGAACUCUUGAAGAUGCUCCCUCAGCACCACCGUUUGGCAUGGAAGCGCUGUUGCUAAAUUCCUCUGCAGUGUACCUGAAAUGGAAACCUCCUACAGCAUCUGCACAAAAUGGAAUUCUGCGCACUUACAACAUUAUCGUACGAGGAGUUGACUUACGAACAAACUACUCGAAGGUUCUUAGCAAUGUCACGAUUGAGGCUACCUCAUCGACACUGUUGCUUGCCAACCUGACCGAAGGUGUUACGUACACGGUUAGUGUAGCAGCCGCUACUUCUGCUGGUAUGGGACCGUUCAGCAAUCCUGCAACCCUGCGGCUCGACCCAAUCACUAAGCAGCUAGAUCAAACAUCCCAUCGAUAUCCCAUCAAUCAUAAUAACAUGGAUGACAUCCUUACACAGCCCUGGUUUAUCGCGGUGCUGGGCUGUAUACUGGUACUUAUGAUGCUUUCGUUCGGUGCAAUGGUGUUUGUAAAGCGUAAACAUAUGAUGAUGAAACAGUCGGCGCUUACAUCUUUACGCGCUCACGCCGCAGGAGGUGUUGUAAAGAUACCGCGAAAUGAUAGCCUUUGGAUGGAUCCAUCCAGCAUGGUGUGGGGCCAUCAAUCGACGGGAAGAGGUAAAGACCAUAUUCAAGAUUACGCUCCGGUAGGUACCAGUUCUAUGCUUCCCUUAGAGCAGCAACAUACGAUGCUACAUCACAAUCGUACUCGCUAUGUCGAGUACACAGACUAUCCCAGCGAUUACGCUGAGGUGUCGUCCUUCAAUCCCCCGACAUCCGAUGGAAUGAACCAUCUCUCGGCGCAGCUAAACGGCAGCAGAGCUCCGAGCGAGUACAGUUCGGGAGGUACGCGAUCGCCAGCACCUUAUGCCACAACCACCCUGAUUGGAAAUGUGAGAUUUAUUACUGCCCCGGGGAGUGUAACUGGUAAUGAUAGUCACCUGCAUCACCUGCUGCCAUCAGCGGCAGCUGCAAGUCAAAUGUAUUACAAUGGCGAUACCUAUUCAGGCGGUUCGAUGACACGGACAUCGUCGGAUCAUGAAAGUACGGGCUAUGUUCGGAACGCUUGCUCGGAGUCAUAUUUGAAUCCAAAUGAGAAAAUCAAUAUCACCGAGAAUAAACUGGCGUCUCAUACAAUGUCCAUGCUGGCAGCGAGCAAUGCAUCCGCGGGCGGGGGUUAUCAUCACCUUGUGCCAAGUCAGAAUGGAAGUUCGAAUGGGCAGAGCAGUGCAGCCAGUAGUGCGUGUAGCGCAAGCAGUGGAAGUAGUAACAGCAGCAACGGAAACGAUGGCGUUCGAAUCAACGACUCCACUCCCCCGAUGUCUAACAAAACGCAAGGCACGAGAGUACCGCGAAAUGGCUCCAGUAGUAAUCGUUUUAAACUCUCCCGUACACCGUUCGUAAGUAGUUUGCGGACCGCAUUGAAGCAGGAGUCAACGUCCGGUGAACAUGCUAAUCAGCCAGCACUGCAUCAAGAGCAGCGGAAGAAAAUGUCCUCGCUUAACAAUUUGGUACAGAAACAACAGCUUUAUAUUAAGGUGGGCGAAACGGGAGUGCCGGGCUGCACAAACAGUUGGAACCCCUCCACUGUUAGUGCAAUGGCUAUGGCAAACCUGUACCAAAACACCAGCGUCACGAUGCCAUCCGGAGCCUCGAAUGGUGAUCCGAAUGUGGUUAUCUACCUGCCGACCGGAAACCGCAGCGUCAUUAGCUAUCAUGCCGGUUCGGACUUUGGAAAUGAUGUUUGAAGCUGGUGGUAGGGCGGUUAUUUAUAAUAAUUUAUUCUAAACUGCAAUUAGCUGCAGGUCCUGGAGAAGAAUGCUGACUGACGAUAAAGGUAAUCUCAAUGCCACCGUCUCCAUACGUACCAGGGCGUACUGUGAGCGGGUGCCGUUCCUAGUUACUAGAUUGUAAGAAGAUUCGGUGUUGUACAUAAUAGUGUAGGAUAAACGAAUCGGGCGAUAAGCACGAGCAUCGGUGCGGUGUUUGGCUACGACAACGUUUCGUAGUGUGUCGGAUGGCGGAAUCAAACCGUAAACAAAACCAAAACAAUGUACGAGCAAGACUGAUCCAUAAGCUUCCAACAUACGGGAAUAAGGAAACUGAGACGCAAACAGUAUGGAGUUACGCUGUAACGUUCAUCAGGAAUCCGAAACCCUCUCAUACCUUCAAACCUUAAAGUACUUCCAAUGCACACGCUGUAAAUAAAUUACCCAGUGACCACCAAUUAAAAUUCGUUCAACCGCAACGAUACAUGUUCCGGUAGGCUGAAUCUUACUGGCUUCGUUCAAUAGACGAUGUAAAGCAUGAACGCUGGUAGUGAAUAAAAAAAAAGAUAUUUGUGUAUUAUUCGAAACUGAGAUGAGGGAAUUAAAACACACACACACACACACACACACACACACACACACACACACACACACACACACACACACACACACAUCCAUACAAAGUAAAAUGAAAUGGAACAUUUGUUUUCCGUCUGUUACAUACGUCUGUUUUGGUCUUUUUCUUACAUUUUCGUUACUUUAGAAAGAAUAAUCUAUUCUAUUCAAAUCCUUUAAUAAUAAAUUAGCCGAAUGAUGCAUAUCACGUAUUACAGCUAAAGUAAACGAACAAAAUUUGCUUUUUUUGUGCUUACACAUACAAAUGAUCUAUAAUUGGUUCGUGCUAAAUAAAUUGUUGCGCCAAAAUUUUUGUCACUACAUUCACGAUUACGGGUUAAAUAAAGCACAGAAAACAGAUGAAGUAAAAGUUUAUAAUCAAAAUUAAAAGUUUUUCAAAAAAUGCUUCCUCUGACCUCUCCCAAUUUUGUUAUUACAUUAUAUUAUUAUGAUCUUCAACAAAACGGCACUAAAACAUUGCUACUAAGCUCGAUAACUGUAAAUAAUCAAGCGUAUGGAAACCGCCAUGUCCUUCCCAAUCGUAAACAAAGCAAUAUUAUCCCUCCGAACUAUGAAACAAAAGUAACUGCAUCCAACCCACGAACUUUUUCUGCAUAGGUAGACCAGUAAGGAAGUAAGGAAGUUUCAGCAGUAAAAUUUGUUUGCGCGGUGAAUCCUAAAAUUAAUAUGUUUAAACCAUAUGUUUAUGAUGAGGUAUAUUAGUUUACUGUCAAGUAUUCUCGAAGUUGACUGCAAAUAAUACUGCUUCAUAGUGUCAAUUGUAAAACAAAUAAAGGAGAAAACAAAUUAGGAAGAAAAAAACUGUCGCGCUAUAAAACAGAAAGAACUUGCACGGUUUUUGAAAUAAAUGCGUGUUUCGAACGUACUGUUUUGUAAAUAGACGUACCGCUUGUUAAUGUAAAGUCGUAGCUAAGCUCAUCUAACAUGUUACGUGGUACAGGAAUUUCAAUACCGGUGCGUGGUAUUGAAUGUGAUGUGAUUGAGUCAAAGCUGAAUAAAAAAUACAAAUUAAUCA